UGAUCAGCACUUUGUUUUGAUUUCUACGUCGAAUAUUUUGCAGAAAUAAAAAGUUGAAAUUUUCUUAUUUUUUACGAAAGCGUAAACACAUUUUACAAGAAAAUGUUGUCUAUAAACUCCCACUUUGUUUAAAACUAAUUGAGAUUAAAAAAAACCCAUUCUAUACUGUUCAGUAUAAGAGAAGACGAGGUCAAGCGAUUUUCUUGGUUUGGGCUGUGCCUAUUGACGGAUAGACGAAGAAAAUGUCUUUUAAUUCUUCUAACUCUAGUGGGAAAGGUGAAGAAGUUGAAGAUUAUGGUCUUGAAACACCAAAAAUGGAGGUAGAUGAUCAGAGUCAGGAUCCCACCAUAAGUGUGCAAGUAAUGAAUAACUCCAGUAGUGUGCUGAAGAAGAUUGCCAACUUGUAUGCUGAGCAAUUGAUGUCCGAUAUUAUAUUGGUUGUGGGCGAACAACAGUAUCCCGCUCAUAGAGUGAUACUCUGUGCUAGCAGUGAUGUUUUUCAAGUGAUGCUUAUGAAUCCCGAGUGGAAUGAGUGCCGCAAAAGAGUCAUAGAACUUGUGGAGGAACCCUGCUGUGAGGCAGUCUUUCCACAAUUUCUCAAAUAUCUGUAUGUGGGAAAAAUCGAUAUUUCUUUGAGUACUGUAAUGCCUAUGCUGGCAUUGGCCCACAAGUAUAAUGUAAAAGAUUUGGUCGAUCUUUGCGUCCACUAUAUGAUGAAACAUAUUGCCAAAGCAGCCACGCAAGGGUUUCUUGUUUCUUGGCUUCAAUAUACCAUAGCAUUUAGUCCACAGCAUCGUGAUCUCACAGAAGCGUUGAAGCGUUUCUUGAAAUGGAAUUUAGAAAUAGUAUCGGAAUCGAAAGAUUUUGUAGAACUUGACGUUAGCGUUAUGGCCAUAUUAUUGCAGCAAAACGAUUUGGUUGUGAGCAGCGAAUACAAGCUAUUUGGAAUACUACAAAACUGGCUGCUGCAGCGUAAGGAGCUCUUAGAUAAUGAUGACUCAUUGACCACAGAAGAGAGGGAAGAACAUUUCAAUGCAUUAAUGGAACAAACUGUCAUACACAUACGUUUUGCCAUGAUGACACCGAGAGAAUUGGCCCACUUGCUUAUAUUCCCACUGCUAGAGUAUAACAAAGAGUUUGUGGUUCAACGUAUGGCCAUUGGCAUGUCCUAUCAAUCGGGCCAAGAGGAACGCGUGCAAGAGGUGCGCAAUUCUCCGGAUGGGUGUUUACAAUUUACGCCGCGUUUGUAUUCGAACGAUACAUGGAGCAUAAGCAAAAUUGUGAAUAAUUUCGAUAUGAUUGAAAAAUACAGCAAUUAUGUGACGUGCUUUUUCACUCCGGGAAAUAUUGCAGAGACUGAAGAUGAACAACCAUUUACUUGGGAAGUUGAAUUCUUUCCACGUGGCAUCAAAUACAAUAAGGCAAAAAUGGUCUGGGGUGAAGAUGUCCCUGAAGUUUCAAUUAACACCGUACGCGUAAGAGUGACUUGCAAACAUCUACAGGUUGAUGAGAAACGUUUCAAGAUUGCCUGUCUUAUAACUGGGGUACAAAAUAAAAUUAAUCACAUACUCACGUUACAUGAGAGAACCGAAUACUUUUCAAGUAAAUCGCGUGUUGUCAAUAUUGACAAUCUGAUACCGUACGAUGAAUUGGCGUUAUCUUCCAUAAACCUAUCGCCGCACUUGGUGGGACCAAAUCGCAACAAUUUGGAGCUACAAGUUAUAAUAGUGCCAAUGGGUCCCUAUACCUGUCGGUAUACGCCCUCGUUUGAUUUCAAAUGAGCCAGCUACUAAUGGGUUUGAAAGGAAACCCAUGAUGAUGAUGAUGAUGACGACGACGAAGGAGAAGAAGACAUUUACUUCGAUUUGUGUGCAACAGCCAUUGUGCAUCCUCAAUUGUUUGUAGUUGUUUAAUUUAAUUUUUAUUAGUAUUAUACGUUUUUCACUCUCCCAAUCCAGUUUCCAGUUGUUUUCCUUACUACUGAAUUUAUGAAUUCCCAAUCCCAAUCUUAAGCCAUUGAUUUUGUUUUUCCUUUCUGCCCAUAUUCCGCUGCAUACGCUCGGUGGAAUGCAGAAAUUGCAGUGCUUUAAUUUUAUUUUCUUGUUUUUUUUUUAGUAUUAAAAAACAAAGAACGCAAUGGAUAUCGUUUAGUUGUAUUUACACCCCUUAAGACUUUUUCUCUUGUUUGAUCUAGCUGACAUGAAUAGUACAUUUCCAAAAAUGUUUAUCAUCCUCAUUCACAUAUUCAUGAAAUUUUAAAUGUAUUUAAUCCAAAAUAAAACACCUUUUUAUAGGCCAUAAUAAAACUACACAAUAUCAGUGUGGCUAAGAUUAUUUCCCCGCCAUCUUAUAGGCUGGGUAGUUGGA